UAGACGAAGUGCAUGCACAUUGUGUAUGUACAGGUUGUUAGAGAGAGAAUCUGUGGAGUUUUUAGUGAGAGAAAGUGAGGUAAGAGAAGGUGAAGGGAAAAAAAAAAAGAAAAGAAAAGAAAAGAAAAGAAAAGAAGAGAAAAGAAAAGGAAAAAGCUCAGCUCAGCUCACGAGCUCUUCUCUCUCUGUUCACCGCCUGGCCAAGCUCUCGAUUUGCCAACAAAAAAGAAGAAACAAAGGAAACCCACUAGGGUGGGUAAAGAUUUUCACGGGCAAAACCCCAUCUCCGGUCUCUUUCCUCACCCACCCACCACCAAUCUUUUCCCUCUUCUCAAACUCGAAGGCCCUGCUUCUGCCACGUUGCCUCCACCAUCAUCGCCCGUCCAUCUUUCUAGCUCGAUCUCGAUCUUGGCUUCCUUUUGGAUGCUCACACUGUUCUGGGUACUGCUCGCCUUUUUUUUUGGGGGGGGGGAUCAAUCAAGUGAUGAUAAUGUGACGAGUGAUGUUGGGUUCUUAAUAGUUUUUGAAGAGGUUUUUCCUGUGUUGUCUAUUGAGUAAAAGAGAGAGAUACGUACGGAAAUGGAUCGGCAACCGGUCAGUGUUGGGCCGGGCAUGGAUAUGCCGAUUAUGCACGAUAGCGAUCGGUAUGAGUUGGUUCGGGAUAUUGGUUCCGGGAAUUUUGGGAUUGCGAGGUUGAUGAGGGAUAAGCAGACUGACGAACUUGUUGCUGUCAAAUAUAUCGAGAGAGGUGAGAAGAUUGAUGAAAAUGUACAAAGGGAAAUUAUAAAUCAUAGGUCACUGAGGCAUCCGAACAUCGUUAGAUUCAAAGAGGUCAUAUUAACACCAACCCACCUGGCUAUAGUUAUGGAAUAUGCAUCUGGAGGAGAGCUCUUUGAGCGGAUAUGCAAUGCAGGGCGGUUCAGUGAGGAUGAGGCACGCUUUUUCUUCCAACAACUUAUAUCAGGCGUAAGCUACUGUCAUGCGAUGCAAGUAUGCCACCGUGACUUGAAAUUGGAGAACACCUUAUUAGAUGGAAGUCCGGCCCCUCGUUUGAAAAUCUGCGAUUUUGGGUACUCCAAGUCAUCAGUGCUACAUUCACAACCAAAAUCGACUGUUGGAACUCCUGCUUACAUAGCUCCUGAAGUGUUACUUAAGAAAGAAUAUGAUGGCAAGAUUGCAGAUGUGUGGUCUUGUGGGGUAACCUUAUACGUUAUGUUGGUCGGAGCUUAUCCAUUUGAAGACCCUGAAGAGCCUAAGAACUUCCGCAAGACAAUCCAUCGAAUACUGAAUGUCCAGUAUUCAAUUCCUGACUACAUUUACAUAUCUCCUGAGUGUCGUCAUUUGAUCUCGAGAAUAUUUGUGGCUGACCCUGCAAAGAGAAUAACCAUUCCCGAGAUUAGGAAUCACGAAUGGUUUCUGAAGAACUUCCCAGCAGAUUUGAUGGAUGAGAACACAAUGAACCAGUUUGACGAACCUGAUCAACCCAUGCAAAGUACUGAGGAGAUCAUGCGGAUAAUAGCUGAGGCCACCAUUCCUGCAGCAGGCACACAUAGUCUGAACCAAUAUUUGACUGGUAGCCUGGACAUUGACGAUGACAUGGAGGAGGAUAUAGAAACUGAUCCCGAUCUCGAUAUCGAUAGCAGUGGAGAGAUCGUUUAUGCAAUGUGAUUCCAACAGGCUUUUUGGAGGGAAAGUUUUUAAAUGAUCCGGCUUAUUGAGUGUGUAAGAACAGAGGAAGAAGAAGCUUUGGGUCUUUGUUUGCAAAGGAAGUUCUAUAGUUAAGGAUUUCUAUGUCUUGAGUGAGAGAAUCAGGCUUUAUUUGUCACCUGUCUCAGUUAAGCCUCCCCUCUUCUGUCUGAUCUUUAUUUGGCUCAACCUCUUUCAAGUUGCAUAUAUGUACUGAUGUGUACCCUUCCUGACACAGUAAUGUUUCAUGUUAUCUUUAGUCUGCGUGGAUGUUCCAUCAUUUUCG